UGUGACACAUGUUUUUCGUUUCACGAUCAACAAGGUUAACUUCCCCCGUAUAAAGAAGAUCAGACUUUGGUAGAUUUAAAACACUUGACCCCUCAAUAACACAGAGAUCACUUCACGGAGUCUGUUAUACACUUGCCACAGAAUUCGCGAUGAGGACAGAAAGCAAAGAGAAAGGAUCCCCUUACAGUUGUGGAGCUCGUAAAAUGGCAAUAAUGGAUUCCUUGGAGAGUAUGCAGGCUAUUUCUCCGCUCACGACCAUCAAUAUGACCAGAGCGAGCCCUACGCGGUGCAAACUUGUGGACUGUCGGUCAUUCAUGGCAUUUAAUGUAGCCCAUAUUCGCGGAGCGGUAAACAUUCAUUGCCCACCUAUACUGAAGAGGCGGUUAUUACGGGGCAGUGCGACGCUGUCUGCAUUAGUAUCGUGCCCCGAGUCAAAAGUCAUACUCGAGGAAGCGGACACUAUUAUAUUUUACGAUGAUCGAACAUGCGACUGGAAGGACCUUGAAAAUGAUUCGACCAUGAAAAUAGUAGCAAAGUUACUACGCUGGGAGAAGAGAAAAGCGACGUUAUUUUACAUAAAAGGUGGAUUUGAGCGAUUUUCUGCGUUAUUCUCUACAAUGUGUGAAUUUAUCAAGCCAUGUAACUCAUCCCUUACUAGCCCUUUAAAACUCAAACUGAUGACUUCGGCAGACGGAAGAAAGCCUUUUAGCCCUCGCUGGGAUACAGACAAUAAAGACGAUCAGUUGCCGCGCGCUCAUCCGAAUAGUGUCAACGAGCCAGUGGAACUUUUACCGCAUUUGUACCUUGGCAGUGAAUUACAUGCUUCAAGACGAGAUGUUCUCAAACGACUUGGGAUCUCAGCGAUCGUAAAUGUCUCUAGAAACAUUCCGAAUACAUUUGAGGACUCAUUUACGUACAAAACAAUUCCCGUGGACGAUACAUAUAAUGCGGACAUUGGUGUUUGGUUCGAGGAGGCGGCCGGGUUCAUAGAUUCGGUGAAAGCUUCUGGUGGUCGCGUUUUGGUCCACUGUCAGGCUGGUAUCUCUCGCUCUGCUACCAUCUGCCUUGCCUAUCUUAUCAGUCGACUGAACUUUCGCCUCGACGAGGCUUACGAAUACGUGAAAAAACGUCGCUCCGUCAUCUCACCGAACUUUAACUUCAUGGGACAAUUGCUGCACUAUGAGACUCAGACAAUGAGACUAGAUAACGAACUGGAAGAGCGGUGUGACGAUGACGACGCCAAGCCGUUCGAGUUUUUCAAAUUCUCCCCGUAUUCUUGUAACACCGAUCAAGUUGUUCCAACUGCAGAGUCGCCUGAACUUUUUGCCACGCCUAUUUAAACUUUCAUAUUUAUUUCAAAGUAGAACUUCUUAAUUCUCUGCAUGUACCACAAACCAUGAAGAUUUCCUAGUUAAAACUAAAAACUCCAUAUGCGGACAGAAUUCUUAUUGAAGAUAUAUCUGUAUUGCAAGUUAACAAUUUUCAAGACAAAAGUAACUAGAUAGAGCCUAUCGUGAAUUAUCCAAAAAGUGGUCGCAAGAAUGAUCGCGAGAAUGACCGCGAAAAAUGUAUGGUCUUCCUUAUCGGGAGAAUAGGCGUUGUGUUUUUUGAUGACGCAUCGCUAAAAAUUUGUAUGGAGCUGUGACUAUGACCCAUGCCGUAUAGGGUGUGGCAUGUGUUGUAAGUAGUAAGCGCAACUUAGAUGAAUUUCUGUAUAUAUAUAUAUUUCAUAAUUGUGUACAUAGAAAAUAUUUGAAUUGACAAUCGAGAGAGAUUUUAUAGUAUAUGAAUAAAUCAAAUAAAGAGUUUUCUAUAA